AUGUCCUCAGCAUCAUCAUCAUCAGCAUCAUCAUCAUCAUCAGCAUCACCACCAAGAAGGAGUGAUAGAUGGCGACACGUAUUGUUGGUUCUUUUCGCUUGCCUAUAUACAGCAGCAGCGAACGCCAAUAACAAUGUUCGCUCCAGGAAGGCGAAGACAAACAAAGUUAGGGGAGAGUCAAGAUUGUUUCAAGCCGACAAGAAUUUAAACAAUUAUUUCAAUCGACGACGCUUUCUUCAAAAGGACGGCGAAGAUGAUAAAGAUGACAAAGAUGAUAAAGAUGACAAGGACGACAAAGACGACGACGAGGAAGAAACGGAUGACGAAGAACCGGAAGAUGACAACAAGGCGGAUAUACCGGCAAUUCGAGUGACCAAUCCUCCCACCAGGAAUCCUACAAGACCGCCCACUCGGUUUCCGACUAUUGCACCCACUUCGAUACCGGUACCCGCUACGCCCCCGCCAACGCCUUUGCCCGCCACACCGCCUCCUACACCAGUACCAGCGACACCGCCUCCUACACCACCUCCCACACCACCACCUACACCGCCUCCCACACGACCCACAGGUCCCCUGCCACUGCAAUGGAGCAUUGUUUUCCCACUCCAACGCUGCGAGGGAGAUUGCGACGUUGACAUGGACUGCGAUGGAGGCAUGGUUUGUUAUCAACGAGAUGGCGGUGAAUCGGUCCCCCGCUGCAUUGGAGAAGACGAGUCCCGGAUUGAUUACUGCAUCGAGGCUUGGGAACUUCCACCACCGCCCACGCCGCCGCCCACGCUUCUUGUCACGCAACCCCCGACGCCGCCUCCCACGCUGCCUCCCACACCACCUCCCACCGUGGCGCCAAACGCGGCACCCACUUUACCACCCACUCCAUUUCCCACUUCGGCUGCUCCGACGACCGAUUACACCGAUUACAUUGGUUGCCAAAAGGCGCAAGCGGGUGAAGUCUACACGACCAAUUACAGUGUGACGAUUGGAUACUAUUACGAAGUCAUUACGAGGAGGACGGAUCCACUCUUGGAGUUAUCAAUGAGCAUUGAUGCCCUCUUUCAAAAAUUCUUGGCGACGUCUCUGGUGGAUUGCGAAUUGGCGGCCGCCUCGGACAUUCAAGGGGUAUCUCCGGCCAAUGUCGACAAUUUGGCGGGCAGUUGCGUUUCCCAAACCAUGUUGUCGAGGCUAGGGAACAACGAAGACAUGAUUUGUUACCAAAUGCAAGGAUCUGUGGAAGUGUAUCUAUCGGAAUAUUAUUUUGUGGCACUCCAGGCCAAUUCCAAUAUUGACGCCGUCAAGGAUCAAGUGUGGGACACUUUGCGAGAGGAAAUUAAUAACAGUCGACGAAGAAAACUGUUGGUGGACUUUUCCCAAGGCAUUUAUGGACUAUUUUUUCUCAGUGGCACGGAUCCAAACGAUGGGAUUGUCAAUGUGCUGGGAGCUGCUGUACCAGGUGGAAAUGGUGGAGAUGGAGACGAAACCUCUGGGACCAGUUUGGUUGAAAUCAUUGGGAUUGCCCUGGGAUGUCUUCUACUGGGACUCUUACUCUUUGUCGGAUUCCGCAAGUAUCAAGCCUACCAAGAAGAAGAUGAUGACGAUGACCUCAAUAAAAGCAAUAGCAUUGCAACAGAGAGUGAUGACCAUCAUCAUGAUAGUCCCGGGAAGCGAGGGAGUGGUGGUGCUCGACCAAGAUCACCCGAAUCCUCGCCUUCUUCCAUGCCACCCCCUCCUCCUCCGCCACUGCCACCACCAUCCGAGGAGAAAAAGGAACAGCAGCAACCAAAAGUGCAAUUUUCGCGGCCAUCCACCUGGCUUGCCAUUCUUCCAGAACAAUUGUCAUCACGAUUCAUACAAGCAUCAUCGCCAUCAUCCCCUCCAAGGAAAGCUCCUACUGCACAUGGACAGCAACAGCAACAGCAACAACAACCACGGGGUAGCCCUGCGAAUGAUGGAAAGCCUGCUUCCGAGGUUGCAAUUCCAAGUGGAGAUCUCAAUGUUUCCCACAUUUCGUCUCUGCAAGCGGACGAAUGGGGUGGUCACCAAUACCUUGACGACAAUGGAAAUUAUUCCUAUCACAAAAAUGUCGCCAUUGACGAAGAUCAAUUCCGGGUCACGGGAUACAGCAAAUUGUCCAACAUUUCCACGUUGGCGGAGCAAUUGGAAAGUCCUGCCAAAAUCAUUACUCCCAUUGCCCAACGACAAUAUCAUCAACCAAUGGUGAGGGGUAGAAACCAUGACGAACAUUUGCAUUUACGGCAACCGACCCCGGAAGAAGUUCCGAGGUUCCGGGCGGGGCAUCUUUCUCAUUACGAGCAACGGUUCAUGCAACAACAACGACAUUCCAUGGAACAACACUUUCCUCGUGCUGACCAUCGUGGAAAUGCAAACAAUAGUCAAAUGGUAUUGUCCACCACCAGCUCGUCACCAAUGGAUCAGUCAUCCAAUUUGAAUAUUUCAACCAAGUUGAAUGAAAGCAAUACGACACAUUCCUCCUCGUUGGAUUCCUUUGGCUUUCCAAAGUUGCAAGAGGUCUUUGGGUUCCAACGUUCUGCCACUAACAAGUCCGUCUCUACAGCAACCUUGAGAGCGGCGCCCCACUCGUCCAACGGAAUUCCCAGAAGUCAAUAUUCUUCCAUGACUACCAAGUUGUCCAAUCGACGGGUUCCUUCUAAUUUGAUGAAUGGCGGCGGCGGCAGAGUAGUACAAGAAGACGACCACGAGAGCAAUCUCAGUGAAGAUCACUUGGUGCCGUACUAUACCAAACCCAGCAAACCAAAACCUACCUUGAGUUCACUAGGAAUCGGUUCCAUGAAGCCACCCCGUUCGGCAAUGGACGUCCAAUCCACCAAGUCCACCAAGACCUAUUCGAGCGCCGGAAGUUUCCAUUUUGAAACAUUGUCGACCACCCAGUCCACCACGAGUCAUCGGAAUCAUUCGCAACAGCAGCGACUGCCACCUAGUAGCAGCAGAAUGGAACCGCAAACUCCACAAAGUGAAUUCAAUUUCAUGGAACGAACGUCAGGGUAUCCCGAUGCGGUUCCGAUUAGUAUGACCAUGGCGAGCAACGCCCUGCAGCAUUCGGCUUUUAAGCCACGAAAGUUGGCCUACCAAUCGUCAUCACCCUCAUCAAGGCACAAUACGGAAAAUCCUAAUCGAGAUUGGCCUCGAUAG